AUGAAGUGCCCGCACGAUCCGUCCAAGCCAUUUCACAAAUCCCCGCUGCCGUUAGACCACGCGGGCGGGCUCCUGGAGUAUUCCGUGGUGUACACGGACCGCGCGAUGAACCACAUGUCCGCGCCGUUCUGCAAGAUCAUGAACGACAUCGACGCGACGAUGAAGGAGGCGUACAACUGCUCGGCGACGAUCGUCAUGCCCGGCAGCGGCUCCUACGGCAUGGAGGCGGUCGCCAGACAGUGGGCGACGAACAAAAAAGUGCUCGUACUCCGCAACGGGUACUUCUCCUAUCGCUGGACGGACAUCUUCGAACAGACGGGGAUCCCGUCCGAGACGAUCGUUCUGAAGGGGCAGCCCGCGGAUAACUCGUCGAACCCGCAGUUCAUGCCACACGACAUCGAGGAGGUGUGCGCGGCGAUCGCGAGGGAGAAGCCCGCGGUGGUCUUCGCGCCGCACGUCGAGACCUCCACCGGGAUCAUCCUCCCGGACGAGUACAUCUCCAGGGUGUCUCGCGCGGUGCACGACGUCGGCGGGCUGUUCGUCCUCGACUGCAUCGCGUCCGGGACGGUGUGGGUGGACAUGAAAGCGACCGGCGUCGACGCGAUUCUCUCGGCGCCGCAGAAGGGAUGGACGGGACCCGCGUGCUCCUCGCUCAUGAUGCUCAGCGAACGCGGUGAACACGCGACGCGCAACACGACGUCGACGUCGAUGGUGAUCAACAUGCGGAAGUGGCUGGAGAUCAUGGACUCGUACACCAACGGCGGGUUCGCGUACUACACGACGAUGCCCACGGACGCGCUGGGGUUGUUCCGCGACGCCGCGCUCGAGACGAAGGAGAUUGGCUUCGCGAAGACGAAGAGGAUGGCGUGGGACCUCGGCGACGAGUGCCGCGACAUGAUGAAGUCCAAGGGUCUCAAGACCGUCUCCGCGGACGGUUACGAAGCCCCCGGGGUGUCGGUGUGGUACACCCCGGAGCCGGACAUGUUCAACAAGUUCAAGAAGGAAGGGUUCCAGAUCGCCGCGGGGGUGCCGUUUAUGAUCAACGAGCCGCCGGGGAACUUUACGUUCCGGAUCGGUCUGUUCGGGUUGGAUAAGAUUUGCAACAAGGACAACACGAUCAAGACGCUGGAGGGGACGCUGGAGAAGAUCUUGGCGAGCUCCGCGGGCGGCGCGAAGGCGGCCGCGGCGUGA